GUAAGUUUAUGGUGUCAUGUUCAGUAGUGUUAACUCCUACACCGACCUCUCAUAGUAAGUUUAUAGUGUCAUGUUCAGUAGCCUUAACUCCUACACCGACCUCUCAUAGUAAGUUUAUAGUGUCAUGUUCAGUAGUGUUAACUCCUACACUGACCUCUCAUAGUAAGUUUAUAGUGUCAUGUUCAGUAGCCUUAACUCCUACACCGACCUCUCAUAGUAAGUUUAUGGUGUCAUGUUCAGUAGUGUUAACUCCUACACUGACCUCUCAUAGUAAGUUUAUAGUGUCAUGUUCAGUAGCCUUAACUCCUACACCGACCUCUCAUAGUAAGUUUAUGGUGUCAUGUUCAGUAGUGUUAACUCCUACACCGACCUCUCAUAGUAAGUUUAUGGUGUCAUGUUCAGUAGCCUUAACUCCUACACCGACCUCUCAUAGUAAGUUUAUGGUGUCAUGUUCAGUAGCCUUAACUCCUACACCGACCUCUCAUAGUAAGUUUAUGGUGUCAUGUUCAGUAGUGUUAACUCCUACACCGACCUCUCAUAGUAAGUUUAUGGUGUCAUGUUCAGUAGUGUUAACUCCUACACCGACCUCUCAUAGUAAGUUUAUAGUGUCAUGUUCAGUAGUGUUAACUCCUACACCGACCUCUCAUAGUAAGUUUAUGGUGUCAUGUUCAGUAGCCUUAACUCCUACACCGACCUCUCAUAGUAAGUUUAUGGUGUCAUGUUCAGUAGCCUUAACUCCUACACCGACCUCUCAUAGUAAGUUUAUGGUGUCAUGUUCAGUAGCCUUAACUCCUACACCGACCUCUCAUAAACAAGUGCAUUUCAGGCCUGAUGAAGUGAAAAUGAUGAAUAGUUCUGUAGACAGUAACAGUUCCAGUACUUACCGCUUCCCUCCGAUGGCCAAACCAGUAAAGUCUUCAUUGAAAAAUCAAAAUGAGACCUAUAUUCAAAUAGUGAUUGAAAAAAGUAGUGAUUUCUCCAAAAAUAAUGACAAAAUAGAUGAUGAGACUGAAGCACAGGCUAUUGAAAAUUACAGAAGAAACGAAAAGAAGGAAGAACAUACUGAAGUAAAACAAGUAAAUAACAAGCUGUGUACGAUUGAGGAGCGAACAAAUAGCAGAUGUAGCACCAAAUCUGAUGAUGUCAAGAAAGGUUGACCAAAUAUUGUUAGUGAAUCCAUAAAGGUCUUAUGAGUCCCUGAUUCAUCCAGUUUCACUGUCUCUUCACUAGGCAGGACCUAAUUGGUAAUGGGUUUUCAACUGAUUAAGAUAUGAAUAUACCUAAUUUUUGUAGAACACUAUUUGAAUUCCAUACUAUUGCUAUUUGAUAUUGUUUCAGAUGUCGCUCACGUCAAUUGUGAAGCGUCUUCAAUUAAUUACAUGUAGCUGCCGAGUAAGAGUCUGUAAUAAAGAAGUUAAUUACC